AGGAGGAGGAGGAGGCUGACACCAUGACACAGGUCAGGGAGAGCCCCCCCUGCGGGCGGCUCCGGAACUACAAGUCCCGCCAUGCCGUGCGGCGGCCGCGGAGUAGUUGGACGGUGAUGGGCUGAACUCUCCCCAUCCAGCAGCCGAGCACAGAGCGAGGUCAGAGCGGGGGAGCACGGGCGAGGAGCGGCCCAGCACCGGCGGCGGCAGGAGGAUCGGUGCGGCGGGUGGGGGAGGCAGAGAGAGAGGAGUCUCCGCGGGAUACGGGACAUGCUUCUCCCGGGCUGAAGCAGCACUCCAGUCCCCGGCUUCGGCCUGGCCUGAGCUGGGAGCGUAUCCCGGUGUCCGCAUCGGCUCUGUGACCCCGGCAGCGGCAGGAUGACGUCCAAGGGCAAGAAAUGGGACGCUAACGCUGCUCUCCCGGACUACGAUAAACUGCGCCAAGCAAAUGCAGGUGGCCUAGCGCAUACCUACAACGACACACGGAACUUCAAACCCCCAGAAGCGGCUCACCCUAUGAGACCGGCACUGCAGCGGCCGGAUGACAUCAUACAAGAGAAACGCCUGUCCCGAGGUAUUUCUCACGCGAGCUCCUCCAUAGUCUCCCUGGCCCGAUCCCACGUUUCCAGUAAUGGUAGCAACGAGCACACCCUGGAGACGCCCGUCUGUACCUUCCAGCUCCCUGACCUUACCGUCUACAAUGAUGAUUUCCGCAGCUUCAUCGAGCGUGACCUGAUUGAGCAGUCCAUGCUGGUGGCCCUGGAGCACGCUGGUCGUCUCAACUGGUGGGCACAGUUGGACCCUUCCUACCAGAGGCUGCUACCUUUGGCAACCACGGGAGAUGGGAACUGCUUGCUUCACGCGGCAUCCCUUGGGAUGUGGGGCUUCCAUGACCGAGACCUCAUGCUCCGCAAGUCCCUCUAUACGUUGAUGGAUAAAGGGGUGGAGAAAGAAGCUCUGAAGCGGAGGUGGCGAUUCCAGCAAACCAUGCAGAAUAAAGAGUCCGGCCUAGUGUACACGGAGGAGGAGUGGCAGAAAGAGUGGAACGACUUGAUAAAGCUUGCAUCCAGUGAGCCGCGUAUGCAUUACGGUACCAACGGGGGGAGCUGUGCAGGAGCUGAAGGCUCAGAGGAGCCGGUAUAUGAGAGCCUGGAGGAGCUCCAUGUCUUCGUACUGGCUCACGUUCUGAAGAGACCGAUUGUGGUGGUGGCAGACACUAUGCUGAGGGACUCCGGGGGAGAAGCAUUUGCCCCAAUACCUUUUGGAGGCAUCUACCUUCCUUUGGAGGUCCCGGCAAGCAAAUGCCACAGCUCCCCACUGGUUCUGGCGUAUGACCAGGCCCAUUUUUCUGCCCUGGUGUCCAUGGAACAGAAUGAGCAGAGCAAGGAUCAAGUGCCUUUCAUCCCUCUGACCGACUCUGAGCACAAGUUACUGCCGGUGCACUUUGCAGUAGACCCGGGCAAAGACUGGGAGUGGGGCAAGAAUGAUUCUGAUAACGUGCGGCUGGCAGGUGUCACGUUAUCUUUGGAAGCGAAGUUAAACCUGCUGCACAGUUACAUGACUGUGACCUGGCUCUCUCUGCCGUGCGAGAUGCAGGCUCCUCUUGCCCAGCCAGAGUCUCCGACUGCAUCUGCUGGGGAUGACGCACGGUCUGCUGCCGAAUCUGGAGAGUCGGACAAAGAGUCCGUAUGCAGCAGCUCCGCAAGCAACGGGGGCAGCAAGACCGGGAAAGAGAGAGACAAGGAGAAAGAGAGGCUGAAAAAAGAAAAAGACAAGGAGAAAGAGAAGAAGAGAGCAGACUCCGUGGCCAACAAGCUGGGCAGUUUUGGGAAGAGCUUGGGGAGUAAGCUGAAGAAAAACAUGGGUGGGUUAAUGCACAGCAAGAGUGGGAAGUCAGGAAUGAGCAACGGGCAGACGGACACACUGGAGAAGAAAAAGAAAGGGUCCAUGAAGGGGAGGAAAGGUAGCAAGGAGGACUUGUCCCAAGGCGAAGCCUCCACGUCCUCAGAGAAAUCCUCGCUCAAGACAACCACAGAUAAGACCCAGAAUGAUCCUUACAAGUAUAGCCACGAUGUCAAGCUGAGUCUCAGCAUCCUGCGAGCAGCCAUGCAAGGGGAACGCAAGUUCAUCUUUGCCUGCCUCUUGAAAACCAGCGAUCGUCAGCCUUACCAGAAGCAGAUGAUCCAGCGCUAUCUGGCCGAUGCUCACGAGAGGUUCCUGGCUGAGCAGAAGCAGAGAGAGGCAGAGAAAAAGAACCUCCUGAACUGCGGCACGGCAAAGAGGUUGGAGCAGGACAUGCUGCAACCUAAAGCCGACGAUCUUCUCCCACUGCCGUCCUACUCCCAAGUGACUAAUAACUAUGGGAUGCAGGGCAUGGAGUACGGUGGUGGCAUGAAAGGAGCACUGCCUUCCAGUUACUCUGGGGGCUUUACUAUCCCCAGACCUUCCAUAGCGAACACGUCAGACAGUCCCCACUCUCACAGCUACCAGGACAGUAGAAGGCAGGUAGCAGGUGGCUCUUGCAACAACCUGCCCUCCUACGCCACUCUCCCACGGCACUGCAUGCAGGCCCGCCCUCACCCGUACCAGUCUAGCCCACCACACGUGGGCUUGCUUCCUCCCUCAGAGACAGAACUUCCUCCGGUCUAUCCUGCGGAGGGUGACCAGACAGUCUGCAUCACGCACAGCAAUGGCUACAGAGAGUACACAGACACCAGCUCUCUGUCCAGAGCGAUAACCUCUGACAACGGCAAAACGCGGACACUCUAUAACGUCCAGCAGACCAAGUGUAAGCAGAUAAACUGCACUUUUUAUGGACACCCGGAAACGGGGAACUACUGUUCGUGCUGUUACAAGGAGGAACUGAGGCGAAAAGAGCGGGAAAAAGAGGCUUUAAUACACAGGUUCUGAGGGACUGAAAGUUACCUGGUGUUUUGAUUUAAAAUCCAUGAAGUGUUCCAGUAGGGGGCAGCAUAAGGGGGAGGUUGCAAUACUGUCUCUACAGACUUCUCCUGUAAGGGUUUGGUGAGAGUUGUCUACUCCCCAGAGAGGUGCAUAUAAACAAAGUGUACAAAUCGUAGAUGGUAUCUAGGACAGGUGAGGUAUAGCGCCCAUGUUUCGGAAACGUGGAUGUAAAGGUUUAUCGGGAGGAAAACAAAUGCAAAUUGGUAUUUUGUAAGUGACAACAGAUUUUCAAAACGUUGACUGCCUCCAUAGCACUUUAGAUAGAAAAUUGUAAACAAAAAAGAAAUAAAAAUUGUUUUUUUUUUUUUUUUUAAUAUUUAAAAUUCACGACUGAUCUGGUUUGGAUAAAGUUAAUCCCUCAAGUGCUGGGAGCAUAACUUGGGCAUGUAUCUGUUCACAAUUUGCCAGGCAAGGGGUCUUCAAACAAUAAAUAAAUACAUAGUUACACCAUUCCCAUUGCCUUCAUACCAGCUUCAGUUGCUUUGCAAAGUCCCUGUAAAAUUGAUGGUUAAAGCUAGAUAUUUCCCCCGCCCCCCGCUUAGAAGCAGCAGUUAAUGUCUCCCAUCGCCAGUGCAGAGCGGCAGCCAUUUUGUGUGCUGAGAAUGCGGCCUCCUUCACUAGCAGCUAGUGAUAGCACUGAGGCAAGAGGCAGUAAGGUUGCGAUUGGCUGACUAAGAUGAACGUUUUACUAAAUGCAAUAAUCUUUCCACACACAUACUAUAACUACAUUACCAACACCAUACAUGGCUACGCCAUUUCAGUCCAUUGAGCCAGGUUCUCUUGUGUUGGGUAAUUCCAGUAAAUGAUCUGUGUGCUAGUCAGUGAAACGGCGGCCAUCUUGAAUGUAAUAACUACAUUAUAUUGGAAAUAUAAAAAUGUUCCGGGUCCCUUUUUUGAGAUCAUAUCUCAGUUUGACAUCACUGUUAUGUAGCUUCCUGAGGAAAGAAAAAAAGCAUUUAAAAAAAUCACCGAAGUGGGCGUGGACUAAUUUAGAAGUGCACGUUAACACAGCGGUCAAGUGAGUGAGUGCAAUUUGCUCAAAGGCUGACGUUUUAUUACAGAUCCUGUAAUUUUGAGAGCAUUUUUUCUCCCCAAUUAAACCUAAAAUGAUUUAUUCUAAAUAUAGAAGCCCUUUGGUGGUUCAAUAACCUCUAAACAGUUUGCGCUGCAAAUAAAAGGCUGGUACUAGACUGCAAAUUCAUGUAGAAAUAUCAGGUAUUUAAUCUACUACCAACAUUUGAAUCCCAUUCUAUUUCUUGUAAUGUAAAAAAAAAAAUAUUGUAAGAAUUUAUAGCAAUUGGUUUCAUUUCAAACUCUUCAUUAAGUCAGAUCAACAGCAGGAAUGUCAAGAUGUAUAACCCUGAAGAUCCUUCUUCUGUAAGACUUUUUUUCUUUUAAUAUUAUUUGCUCAUCUGUUGACACGUUUUGGAGGUAUAUUAUGCCCCCCCCCCCCCCCCCAACCGGUUAAAGUCUACCCUGCGACUACAGACAUUGGAGGUAGCCAUUUUAUGGACCGUACUAAAUAGCAUCCUAUCCGUUUACCACAGAUUGUGGAGGCAGCCAUUUUGUGGACCGUACUAAGCAGUAGCCUAUCCGUUCACCACAGAGGCCAUUAUUGGGGCUAUACCAAUUAGCUGCUUAUUCAUUCACUAUUGGCUAGUGAUAUCAUUGACUUCCCUUAAAUGUUAUUGGUCUAUAGGUGUCGUUGGUUUUGUUCUUUUAUCAUAACAAACUAACACUUGCUCUUAGAGCAGUGCUCCUCCUAAUGAGCACAUUCUGUGCUUAGAAAUAAAUAAAGUCCCCAUGGCCUGUCCACAUAGCAAUAAAUCUUUUUACAGAUAACAAGUGAAGUUCUUCAAUUGGCACAGGCACAAAUUUAAAACCACGUCCACUUAUACACGUGUCCUGCCCUCAUUUUGUGGCGCUGCUCACCAGCUUUCAUCGUGAUCUACAUUUCCCAUACUACCUCUGUUCUGGCUGAUAGAAAUCUCUAUUAAAAAUAUAUAUAUAAAAUGUUUUAUAUAAAUAUAUUAUGCCUGUGGCUCUAUUUUGAAGAGCUGAGAAUACUGUAACGGACCCUGAGGAAAGAAGGCGGGAAAGAUAUUUUUGAUAAUGUGAUGUUUUAGAUUAAUCUGUGGGAGGGAGAUCAAAUGAUGAUUGAUAACUUUGGUUUUGCUAAUUGUCUGCACCACGAAUUUGCCUUUUGUGUGAUUUUUUUUCAUCUCGUGGAUAGCAUCAUCUCACGUUAUAUCAUUUCCGAUCAUUCGUAAUGCGCAGAGCUAACUUCCAUUUUGCUUUGGCUCCCCUAUCAUUUUUUUCAUUCGAUUCUAUGUGUUUUGUUUUUUGUUCUGGACAUUUUAGCCAUAAAAAAACACUUAUGUAAAUAUGACCUAGCAAUGACAUAAAUGUUUUAUUUUAUGCAAUGCAUUGAAUGUUUGUUUUUCGCUGAAUUAACAUUUAAAGAUCAAAGUCUUUAGGCACUUUCUCAAGUAUUUCAUGUUUUGUUUUUGUUUUGUUUUUUUAACCUUUUUACAGCUUUUAACCAACUGCAGAUUUAUUUUUUAUACCCGGGAAUGCUACGUGGUAAAGUGUUUGUCACCUAAAGCAGUGGAGGCAGCCAUUUUGUGAGCUGAAUUUAUUUACAUGAGUAUACAGUCUAUCACACCAGUAGUGACAUUGCUGAGGUAAGGCACUAUUACUUCAGUCCAUAAAAUGGCUGCAGGUGGAAAGUUCUAGUCAGCUUGGUGAUGAUUUGGUGCAUUCAGGGUUUAACACUCAUUGAUUUCCAUUGGAUGGACAGCGAUGCAGUGAGUCAUCUUCAUAAAGGCUUAUGUAGGCGAUAUUUUUUUUUUUAUCUUCUAAUUUCGAAUAAAAAAAAAAAUAAUGAAAUGUGCGAAUCAGUUUAGAUUAUUCCAUAUGUGUUUUGUGUUUUUCACCACUGUCUUUUAAAGUAUAUCCAUCACCUGCUGUUGUGGCGGCCAUCUUGUGGGUUUGUCCAUUCAUUAGAAACUAGCGACUUCUUCAGAAGUUUGGGGAUAUUAGGUUCCGCUCAUAAAAUGUCUGCCAACACUGUAUAGCAAAAUAAGUCCCUAUAAAGCAGGGAUAUUUAACGUUCGGCCCUCCAGCUGCUGUGGAACUACACAUACCCUGCCACAGUUUUGCUAUGUGGGCAGGCAUGCUGGGAUGUGUAGUUACACCACAGCUGGAGGGACGCAUUUUGAACAUUUCUGCUGUAAACUUACUCAUUUUGUUAAAUACCCCUGUUUUCAAGGAAAACCUAACUUGUUUUUUUUGUUUGGGUUUUUUUUUCUUCCAUAUUUGCCUUGCUUAGCAGUAAUGCUUUUGUUUUCAGUGUGAUCCAGCAUCUGAAUUUAGGUGUUAAAUUAUUUUUGGAUAUAGCAUUUCCCAUUAAUUGUGUUUUGUAUGCAGACCUAUGCAAAUCUACCAUCUCAAGUCUGCAGAACGUUUACCAGUGUUGCAGGAACAUGCUUAUGAGGAUUAUAUGGAAUAUUUGCACAUUUCGGUCUCCUAAUCAUAAGUGUAAUUAAUCUGUCUUAAAGUGUGUGUGAUAGAUAUAUAUAUAUAUAUCUAUCUAUCACACACACACGCUCACAUUCUCUUCUAAACUGACAGCGCAGUCCGCAGAGACACCCGUGAUGCGGCGAUUAUUUAGCAGUAUUUGCACAAACCUUUCUAACUGUAGAGCACAAUGUCGGAGCGGGAGGCUGUAAUUGCGAGGUGUAUUGUUAACUGAAUGUUUUUGAAACUUUAUUUUUGUUUUGUUUUUUUUUUCUCGACAAAAGCUUUAAAUAACAAAACUAUUCUGUUCCGAGCAGCAUUGCCACUUAAAAUUUAUUGCAAUAAAAUUAAUUAAUGUUU